CAUGCUCAGUGCGGAUAGGGAGUGUUGGAAACAGCCAACAGUGCAGAGAAAGCAAGACGGGUGAAAAGAGAAACCCGUCUGGCUUUCGAAAAGAAGAAAAAUACAUGAACGGAGCUUCGUCGUAUGUCCUUGUUUCGCAUCCGGUCAUGCCAACGACACAGCGAUGUAUUAUUAUUGUAAUCGGAAUAAAAUGAGCGCUAGUGCAGCCGGGCCUGGAGCGGAGAGUUGCGGGGCCGGGUGUCCGCAUAGCGCCAGCCGCUGCUGCGGGGGAGGAGGCUGCGGAGAGCCCGUCAGCGGUGACGGAAGCUCGGCCGCUGCGGCUACAGCCACCAGCGCUGCCCCAGCACAGAGCUCAGACAGGGAGAGCAGCGUAGCCGAGGCCCAGGCGUUUCGCGAAUGGGAAGGUGCCACCUCCGUCUAUGCGGAUCCGACCCAGAAAAUGAACGACGAGGGUUUUUUUGCGAACGGUACCGUUGAUAUCACACGAGAGGCAGACGAGUGCGCGGAUUCGGUGAAAUAUGGACGCGGGCGUUUUAGUAGACAAAGCGCUGGAGUGCGUGAGGGGAACAGCAUUAAUAUUGAUCACGAAGAAGCUUUAGGUUUGCGGCACGGGGGCGAGCGUCGCUGUUUUAUGAGCGCUAUGACACGGAGGGACGAACGCAGAGCGAGCGCGAGACUGCCGCCGGUGCGCACCGGGAGAACCCAGCGAGGACAGGCUCCGCGCGCUGAGACCGAGGGCGCGAUGAUGACAGCCGCUGCAAGGUGUGGCCACGAGCCCGCUUUCAUUAAGCGCCGGGGAUGCAGUUUCACCCGAGCCUCCAAGCGGGUGUGCUUUUCUGGAAUAAGCUCGGUGAGAUACUGCGGCAGCUCGGAUGCCAAGACCCGCGUUGGUUACAAUGGUGACGCUCACGUGAAGGGCUCCGCGGGCACUACCGACGCUUUCAAAUCUGGGUGUCAGGUGGACACCGCAGAAAACAGAAGGGGGUCAUUACGUCGUGUCCAGUGCGAGAAGGACAAACUUAAUUUCACACCGUGUUUACCAGAUGCAGGUGGACACAGCACAGAAAACACAAAGUUGCCCACAUGCAGAACGUCCAAAGGGCGUGUAAGACUGUACAGGGUGCGCUCAUUUCUUGCCAGCUCUGCCAACCACAACAACGGGGUCAGUGGAAAUGGUGGCCCUCAUGUAUGUAUUAACAAUAACCCUUCACCGCACCCUCCGCUCCAAGCCCCUGUGCCUGAAAAUGACCAAGAGCAGUCACGACAAUGUGGACCCGUAAAAAAUCCUCUGUGCCCCUUUGCCAUCACCUCUUCUCAUACUGAAAUCACUCAGAUAGGGGAUGGGCCUCCUAAUGGAGAAGAAAUCCCUUUUGAACAGAAUACCACUUCAACCAAGGGUGACACCACAGUUUUAAGCUUAAAUACAGAGGGCCCCAGCACAGAGCAGAUAGAGACAGUGAAGGAUGAAGCCAAAAGGCGACAGGCAGAGCUGGAAGUCCGCACGGAUGACCUUUUAAGGCGUCUGCAGGCUAUACAGGUGAAACAAGUCGAGAGGCAUGUUACCCAGCAGUUGUGUGGCCUGUACAAGAGCCCAGGGUUGAACUGCACCAGGAGGCCUACCGCCUUGUCUCGUAACUCAGCAGAGCUGAGCAGGCUGGCAGGCAGCUGCAGCGAGAUUCUCCGGACCGCAGAAAGCGCCCUGGACUCAGACCACACGGCUAGCAGCUCUGGAGGUGACAGUGACAGCGAGGAAGAUGAUGCAUUAGAGAGAGGAGGUCGUCACCUGGGACCGCUCCCAACAAAAUCAAUUGUUCGUGGUAAAGAAUGGCAGUGGGUAGAAAGCAGGGCGUGGCUUGGUAGCAGAUGGGUGUGGCUACAGACUCAAGUGUCAGAGCUGGAAUAUCGAAUCCGAGCGCUGAAAGAACUUUACACACACCUCCGACAGGGAAAGUUGCGGUUACCUGAAACACCACUCAGAGCAUCCAAUCCCUCCCCCACAUCAAACAAUUGCAAGUUGUACUCUGUUGGUGAUCCUAAGAAGUGGAAUACAGAAGACACCUGCAACACGCAAACUGUGCCAAGUCCACCUUCAUCAGCUGCACGGGUUCGACCGUUGCUCCGGCAACGGCGUCACAAACUCAUUCGCCUGGAAGAUUGCACUGCGCUGAGGUCAAAGGCUGUUUCGUUACCAUGCUCAUGCGAGCCUCCAGCUGUUUGUGUGCGAUGUGCCGGUGCACCUCCAUGCGCCCCCUCAGACAAGGAGAAGGGUGUGUGCAUACGUCCGGCUUGGCUCGAUAUGUCCGUUCAUCCUGUUCUUUCCAUGUCAUCAGAUUCACCCAUUGCACUUCAUUGUGGAAAACACCCGCUGGUCGGGCAUCAAUCUUAUAAUUCAGUGCCGUGGACGAACGCGUCAACCUCAUCCUCUUGGCUGGGAAGGCGGGGCCAGGGACGAGUUGGUAGAGUGAGGAGGAGAUUAGUUUGUCCCCGCCCACCCAACACACUGCCUCCUUUAUAUAACACACCUGGUGGCUCCAGUUGCAGAAGCCAGAGAGGUGUGUUUGGCCCAAACUGUCUUCCUCAGCGAGCCAUAGACUUACCCACCCUGCCACCAACACCCCCAGCGACAGACACACCUGCCCAGCCUUUAAGGAGGAGAAGAACAGAAAGCUCGUUUGAUAUAGACAACCUGGUGAUGCCUCUGGGCCUGGCUGGACUAGGAGCACGAGUGCAAAGAUUACAAUACAAAGAGAUCAUCACCCCAAGCUGGAGAGAGCUGGACUCUCUCGUAGGGGUCUCCAAGAACCAGGAGGAGCCACAAGCUGAGUCAUUCAAUAACACAAACCACCAGCCCAGUGGGGAUGAACUGGAAAAUGAUGAAGAGGUGGAAGAUCUCUCAGAUGCUGUGUUUCUGAGUCGCCAUGCUGUGUGUGAAAGCAGAGAGAGAAGUCGGUGGGGGAGUUGGGCCCGCAGGCGUCGCCGGGGCAGAUCUUCUUCCUCCUUCCAUGGGGACGGAAAGAACUCCAGGGGAUUGGAUCAGACACCUGGCUCUCCAGAUUCCAGGCAGAGUCAUUUUACAGAAGACGACGUGUCACCAUGCAGCCCCUUCUGCACUGGAGCAGAGGAUCCCUUCAGCCAGGCUGAGGAUGAACAGCAGGCUGUGCUGCCAUGGGAACGCCGGUUGUUCCCGAUUCAAGAAUCAGAACUUCAGUGGCUGCAGGAAGAGGAAGAGCCUGAUGAGGACCCAUGCACAACCAGUGGCCGCAGCCAAAGCACGGACUCAGGCAUCUCUAUGGGCAGCCUGGAGCUCUCCCCGAGGACCCCUCAGCCAUCUCAGCAGCACUCAGGCAACGAGCAAACAACCCCACACACACUGUCCUACAAACCAGCCAGCCCAACGACAGUCUCUACAGCUCAGGAUUCUCACACACGUACUCUUUCCUUGUACUCGUCGUAGCUAUCUUUUCAUUUCUCACCUCUUCACGCGUGCACUCCCCAGCAGUUUAGUUUGCAGGUCUAAAUUGAGUCUGGUGUGAACCAGCUUAGGGGACAGUUUUUCUUUUUACUACCCUGUAACGCUAAUAAUAAAAUCAACAAUAUUGAGAUGCCCCAGUCGUGUUAUCUCGAGUCCUGCCACCACUUAUCUAACCAUGAACCACUUGUGACCCCUUGUUACAUCCUGUGCCCUAUCCCUGAACCUUUUGCAGCCUUACAUGACACACACCACAGUGUCUAUUAUUUAUAAUCUUCCCCAAAACUUCACACAUUCGAAAACUAACAAGUGCGUCUUCACCAACAGUCCUGUAGCUCCACCUUAUUGGUCUUAUCUGCAGUAGUCAUCUUUCCCUGCUGAGCAUCUCGGUACCCUUAUUGCUCUGGUCCUUCAUCAUACCUCGUUUCAUCAUCAUCUUUACCAGCCUACCCCCGGUACAGCUGUCGUUUUAUUCAACACUACUCUGUUAGCUCUCCAAUGGACAGAUGGAAGUCUUGUCUGCUAUUCAUGUCUGUUUCACUUUUGUUUAUCAUUUUCGGACCUGUCUAAAGCUUUUGCUUGAGCUGUGUCAGUAUUUCUGUCAUUUUGUGUUAUGUGUUGAAUCAUUAUGUUUCGAUUUGAUGAUAAGGUGAGCUGAAAUCCAUAUAAAGCACUACAUAUUGAUCUUAUUUACUGUGAUUAUUGUGUUAUUUUACUUAUAUGUUGUUUGGUAUGUAUUAAAUGUGCAUACAGGCAUACUGCCGUUCACCAAUCACUUAUAUUAAUAUUCUCUGCACUGUAUGAAAUAUAGCAUUUAAAGUCUUUUACGUGACACAGUGGGCUGCGUGCAUCUUUCAUUCUUUUGCAGCUCAUGCUUUUAAUUUCUGUAUGACUUGAUAUGAUAGAGUGAUUGAUCUUUUGUCGAUGUAUAACUGCCAGAGAGUAGUGUGUAUGUGUGUGUGUGAUUUAGACAGGUCCACUUUACUGCUGUAUUAGGGGGUAGGGUUGGUGAAUAAAAACAUAAUUUUGGCAAAACACACAAAAAAAAGGAAGUACUAUUUCAAAUGCACAUAAUGCUCUCAAAGCAAAAAUAAUAAAAGGAAUAAAUAUAAGAACUACAAA